GACCUUCUGGUUGGAGGUUCCCAAGUGUUAUGCUAGAAGUGGUAAAUGUUAAUACCUUGAGUUGUUGUCCGCCUCAGUCAGUGAUGAGGAGCGGACUAUAGAGGUCUGGAUAACUCACUUGUUUCUAACGCCACACACUCAGAGGUUUUAUUUAUUUAUUUAUUUCAUUUUCAAACUUGUAAUCCUCAAACCCUAAACAACGCUGGUUAAAAAGGUGAGAUAGUUUGAGGACAUUUAUCAGACAUGGUGUGCAGCUCCCUCUGAGCAACAAUAGACUUCAUGUCACAUUGAUGGUUUAGAUUUGGUCUACUUACAUAAACAAUGUUUAAAGUCUUUCCAAUUUUAAUUUCCAUGUUUACUGAACUGCGUAAUGACUCCCUGAAGAGCAGGGAAAAUAUAUUUAAAGAUCUUAUCCAGACAAUUUAUAAAAAAUACUCUUCUUCCACAAACAAAUUCAAUAAACCAGUAAAGAAUUCUUAAAAUUGCCCCUACCCCUUAUUCUCAUAAAUAUGCAAAUAUAGGAGUUUACCACUAGAUGCAAUAGAUCUCCCACUUCAACUUAAAAUCGCUUGGCACUGGAGGUUUCAACACACUGACCUUGUGUAACUCGGCACUUCCAAAGCGAGUCGUCAUGUUACCAGAUCACCCGGUGCACUUGUCAAACUAAGAUGGAUGGUGAUGACAGAGAGUGCUUUGGAAAAUGGUCAACAGUGGUGUAAAGUAUGAAUCCAUUUCUACUGACAAAUAAAGGGAAAAUCAUAUGAGUAUGGUCCUUCAAGAAAUACAAAAAUAAAAGGAAGGGGAUAACAACUGGGAACUUUAGAAGAGAGGAGAAAUAAAUCAUACUCCAUUGUACCUUCAUAACCGGCACCGUGAAGUAGAAAACAAAGGUUCCUUCUCAAAUGUAGAGCUACGGAAUUUGAAUAAUGUCAUAUGAGGAGAACAACUAGAACCAAGUAAUGUAAUACUAUAUCAUAUAUAUUUACUGUAGGUGGAUCAAACACGAUUAAUCUUGAAUCUAAAAUGAGUAACUAAGUGAUUAUUUUCCUGAUUCUUUCAAUUACACAGUAAGAAUAUGGAAUCUGGGCUGUAUAAUAUAGUCGUGGCUGUUUGCCCUUUAAUCACACAAAAUGAAUACGUUAUGCAGGCUGUAAUAUUAAGUACUGACUGUUCUCCUCUUUAGUUUUUCAUAACACAAUAAACAGUUUGGUAGCACCAAUUUCUUUGGCCAAAAUUCAGUUUUGCCAGGGCUGUACUUAAUAUUUAUAAUUUAUUUGUCCUUUCUACCAAGUUAUUACCGCCCUGCUCCCCAUGAUCUUGCUAGUAGUAUCUUUAAGCAACUUAAUUGUAUAAAGACACAAAUUACACUGUAAAUCAUGGGCUGUUUAUCUAAUUUUCCCUCUGUGGGAGGCAGUUCAACAAACACAGACACACUACACUGUGAUGGGAUGGUUUUCAGCUUGAUUGAGUAAAAGCCUGCAGCGCUCUUACAAGAAAAGUCAAUAAGAGACUGAAGACAGUCAGUCGAUCCCAUAAUAAACUGCUUCUGCAGCUGCACCUCACCCCCAAAAAAGGUUCUAACCUCACUGGUGUUAAACAGAGUUUUGCUGAAUGUGUGUGCAACCCUUUCUACAGGAGACAUUAGAAAAGCAUCAGGAGUGUCUAAAGAGGCAAAGAGAAGCAGUGAAACACAGACUGAAGAAACUAGCAGCACGGCAAUCAGAAAUCAGUAAAAAGUCCUCUGUGAUAAGGGACAGCAUCAUCAGGAAAUAUCAGGAGAUCCAAGCCGUCCUGGAUGAGGACCUGAGGAUGACCCUGUCCCACCUGGAGAUGGAGGAACGGGCUGCAGUCUCUGCUCUGGAUGGUCUGAUGGAGAGGAACUGUUCUCUUAUCCAGGAGAUAGAGCAGGACCUGGCCAGGCUCACUGUGACACUAGACCAGACCGAUACAAUGUCUUUCUUUUCAUACCCUGAGCAGCAAGACACAGAGACAGUGGACAGAGUGAUGGAUCUGCUGAGCAGGACGGACCCAAGCAGUGUGAGCCUGGACGAGGCUAAAGCUGAACAGAUACUCAGCCUCACCAACAAGAUGCUUCUGCUAUUCUGCUCACAGACACCUAUAAUCCAGAAACUCGUCAAGAGUUAUUCCACUGAGGUGUGUCUCGAUGCAGAGACGGCCCAUCCAAAGCUGAUCAUCUCCCACCAAGGGGACCGCGCAACCUACACAAACACGUGGCAGCAACUUGAGGACCAGCCUGGACGCUUUGACACCACCCUCAAUGUCAUCAGCUUGCAAAGUUUCAGCUUUGGACGCCAUUACUGGGAGAUUGAUGUGACUGGGAAAACCUACUGGGAGCUGGGUGUCACCUACCCCACCAUUUCUCGCAAGGGCACCACUGAGGACUGCUGGCUGGGCCGGGGGGACGAGUCUUGGUGCGUUGAGUUCUUUGAUGGCGAGUAUACAGCCUGGCAUGGAGGGGUUCCCCAUCAGCUGCCUUUCACAAAACGCUUCUGUCGGAUUGGUGUGAUCUGCAGCUUCCCUGCAGGACUAGUGACAUUUCUUGAGGCAGACAAAAUGGCGCCGCUGUUCUCGUUCUGCGCAGGAACCUUCUCAGACUGCCUCCACCUGGCCCUGUGCCCUGGUCAUGACCACAACGGCACCAAUGCAAAUCCUAUCGUAAUCUGUAAUGCUCCAUCUCCUACCAGUGAUCUCUGAUUAGCGGCUAGGAUUAUGAUUCCUUAUAAUCAAGUUAAAUUACUACACAUUCAAUACAGUAUGUUUAUUUAACUUUCAGAUAAACAUGAAGACAUAUGCACAUAUACAUAUGCACAUAUAUAGUAUGUACAUUAGGUCCAUCUCAGGAAAACAUUUAGCUAAUGGGUCACCCACGAUAAGAAGAGUUAUACAGGCGAAUAGACGUGGGUUUUUUUUAUGUGCUUGGGGAAUAAAUAUCCCAUCUGAUUAAAUGCACAAUUUCCAAACUUAGUUUACUUACCUAUUUAUUUAGACUAACUAU